AUGAAUUGCCUUUAUUCUGAUUCACCUGAUGAAAAUGUGUCUAAGGGAAAGUACUUCGACAAGCCGUAUCUUCAGGAGUUGCACGUGUGGGAUGGUUUAUUGGUGUCAAAGCGUCAGAAGUGGUCUCGCCACAGACGGCUCAUGACGCCAGGUUUCCAUUAUGAUGUCUUGAAACGAUACAUAAAAUUGAUGUCGGAUUCUACUAAAAUUUUGUUGGACAAAUGGGAAGGUUAUGGAGACACCAACAAGUCCUUUGAACUGUUUGAACCUGUGAGCCUUAUGACACUGGACAUUAUCCUGAAAUGUGAGUUCAGCCACAGCAGCAACUGUCAAGCCGAGGGGGGAACAAAUGCGUACAUCAAAGCCGUGUAUGAACUCAUUGAUCUGGUCAUCCUGCGGUUUAGGACGUUUCCAUACAACAACGACCUCAUUUUCUACCUCAGCCCACACGGUUUUAGAUUCAGGAAAGCAUGCAGGAUUGCUCACAGUCAUACAGAGGCUGUAAUAAGAAAGAGAAAAGAAGCAAUGAAGGAAGAGAAGGAGCUGGACCGGAUACAGGCCAAGAGAAACCUGGACUUCCUGGACAUCCUUCUCUGUGCAAGAGACGAGAAUCUGCAGGGUCUGUCAGAUGAAGAUUUGCGAGCAGAAGUGGACACCCUAAUGGUCAUGGGUCAUAGCAGCACAAGCAGCGCCAUCGCGUUCAUCCUCUACUGUCUUUCCUGCAACCCAGAACACCAGCAGAUGUGCAGGGACGAGAUCACAGAGGUCCUGCAAGACAAGGACACCAUAGAGUGGGAUGAUCUUAAAAAAAUUCCAUACACAACAAUGUGCAUAAAAGAAUCCCUUCGUCUUUACCCCCCUAUACCGCUAAUGGCCAGACAACUCACCAAACCCAUGACCUUUUGUGAUGGGAGGACUCUGCCUGAAGGUUUUCUUGUUGUAACAAGUGUCUAUGGGAUUCACAGGAAUGAAACCGUCUGGGAAAACCCUCAUGUCUUUGACCCACUGCGCUUCCUACCAGAGAAUGUCUCCAAAAGGUCACCUCACGCAUUCGUGCCUUUCUCAGCUGGGUCAAGAAACUGCAUCGGUCAGAACUUCGCCAUGAACGAGAUGAAGGUGGUUACAGCCCUGACGCUGAGGAGAUAUCAGCUGACAGAGGACCCCACUUGCAAACCCAAACUAGUUCCCCGAAUGGUGCUGCGCUCACUCAAUGGCAUCCACAUUAAAAUCAAACCUGUAGUAUAA